AUGACCCAUCGAACGAUAAAAGCGAUACGUGUUCAUGGGCCCGGAAAUGGACGCCAACUAAAUAUAACUAUUGGUCAAGAACGAUUGCAUGCGAGUGGUGUUUUUGCGAACGUUUAUUCGGCGAUACUCUACAAACCAACGCGGAUGAAUAUUGCUAUUAAAAAAACCUGGCCAGUGCGUGGCUCAUCUGUAAUAAGUCCAGAGAUGUAUUAUUUGUCGAGGAUGAAACAUCCAUCAGUGAUUAGUCUUCUGUAUCACUUUACGAUUUCUGCCAACGACGAGAUAUGCCAUUGUAUGGUAUUCGAUUAUUUACCUACGGAUAUGACAAAAUUAAGGAUGCAUCAGCCCGGUCGUCGUUUCAAUUUACUUGAUGCCAAAAUGUAUGCAUUUCAAAUGUUUUCUGCCAUUGACUAUGUGAAUUCGUUGGGUAUUGCUCAUCGUGACGUGAAGCCAUCGAAUUUAAUUGUUGACGAAUACACUGGUAUAUUGAAACUGGCUGAUUUCGGAAAUGCGAAAUUGUUACGAUCCUUCGAAGAGAACACACCAUAUCAAGUGACUCGAUACUAUCGAGCACCGGAACUCAUCUUUGGCUCUAUUCAUUACACCACCGCCAUCGAUGUCUGGGCAUGCGGAUGUGUGCUUUGUGAGUUCGUGACUGGUAAAGUGUUACUUCAAGGAAGAACCCGAGAGGAUCAAGCCAGGCUUGUAAUCGACGUGUUCGGCUAUCCGACAACUGAGCAGUGUGCAGCCAUGAAUAUCAGACGACCUCGAUAUGCAAGAAAACGUGCACGUGGUCUUAACGUUGUCAGUAGCACUAUUCAUGUGAUUUAUAUUCUGCCAGUAAUUCAGUCAUUACUGUCAAAUGUUCUUGAGGGGAACAACGUUCCAACGAAUAUGAUGAAAUUGUUGACGUCGAUUUUGCGAUAUGAACCGAUGAAGCGAAUUUCUGGUGAGGAUAUCUUAGCGCAUGAAUUUUUCGAUGACUUACGCAAGAAACCACGGCCAAAACGGUUAACUGGACAACGAAUUCCAAAACUUGAUUAUGAUAUUAUCGUUGAGGUUAGUUAA